AUGGACACUGGCAUAUGGAUACAUCUUCUUACUUUACUCAGUUCUUUGAUAAUCGUUGCAGGAAAAGACUACUAUGAACUCUUAGGUGUUAAACGAGAUGCUACCGAUAAAGAAAUCAAACGUCGAUUUCGUCAAUUAGCUUUACAAUACCAUCCAGAUAAAAAUAAAGAUCCCAAAGCUGAAGAAACCUUCCGUGCAAUAUCAGAAGCAUACGAUGUUUUAAUUGAUCCAAAAAAGCGUCAGCAAUACAAUGCACAAGGACAUGAAUUCUACACAUCUUCAGCAGAUCCAAAUGGUUUUUCAAGUUUUCAUUUUAAUAUGAAUGAUUUCAAUCGACAUUUUGAUACUGAAUCAUAUUUUUCUCCGUAUGAUGAACACGAUUCAUUUGCUUUUCCUUUCGAUUCCAUCUUUGAUGAACAUGAUGGCGAAGCAGCUUACUUCACCGACGGAAAUCAUUAUGAUUUCGCUGAUUUCUUCGGUGGUUUCGACGGAGGUGAAAGUAUACACAUGCAUACACCUGGAUCUUCCCAACAAAAUUGUCGCACAAUUCGUCUUCAGAUGAAUACACCUUCCGUUCUUCAUCACAGUUUUCGCAUUUCUUUUUUCGAAGAGUAA